AAGCCACCGCCCCGCCCGCCAGGUCAGCCUCCCUGCUCGGAAGCGGAGCGCAGGGAACGGGCCCCCUUGUCCGGCGACCGCCAAAAGGCUCGGGAAGCCGCGGCUGGCCCCCCGCCAUGCAGGCUCAGCCCCCCUUGCACAGCGGCUACUUCCACCCGGUGCUUCGCUCGUGGCAGGCGACGCCCGCCGCCCUCCACGCCCGGCAUCUCGUCUACCCGAUCUUCGUCUCGGACAGCCAGGAUGCCGUGGAGCCCAUAGCCAGCCUGCCCGGCCAAGCUCGGCGCGGGGUCAACAAGCUGGAGGAGCUGCUGGCCCCCCUGGUGGCCGAUGGGCUGGCGUGCGUGCUGAUCUUCGGCGUCCCAAGCCGGGCCACGAAGGAUGAGCGCGGCUCUGCAGCGGAUGCCAAAGACACCCCCGCCAUCCAGGCCAUACGGGCGAUCCGCUCUUCGUUCCCUGAGCUGCUGGUCGCCUGCGAUGUCUGCUUGUGCCCUUACACCUCCCACGGGCACUGCGGCCUCCUUCGGAAGGACGGCACCCUUGACAAUGAGGCCAGCUGCCGGAGACUCGCUGAGGUGGCCCUGGCCUACGCCAAGGCAGGCUGCCACAUCGUGGCCCCCUCGGAUAUGAUGGACGGGCGCAUCCAUGCGAUCAAGGAGGCCUUGGUGACCAACGGCCUGGGCAAUAAGGUGUCAGUCCUGAGCUACAGUGCCAAAUUUGCUUCCUGCUUCUACGGCCCUUUCAGAGACGCGGCCUUAUCCAAGCCCGCCUUUGGGGACCGGCGGUGUUACCAGCUUCCUCCUGGAUCUCGAGGCUUGGCUCUGCGGGCGGUGGACCGGGAUGUGCAGGAGGGGGCAGACAUGUUGAUGGUGAAGCCUGGGAUGCCCUACCUUGACCUCGUGCGGGAAGUGAAGGACAAACAUCCCAGCCACCCGCUGGCUGUCUACCACGUCUCGGGAGAGUUUGCCAUGCUGUGGCACGGGGCGCAGGCCGGGGCCUUUGACCUGAAGGCGGCAGUGACGGAGGCCAUGGCCGGGUUCAGGCGAGCAGGAGCCGAUGUCAUCAUCACCUACUAUGCGCCUCAGCUUCUGCGGUGGCUGAAAGAAGACCAGGCGUGAACAGGGUCCAAGAAGGAAGCAUGAAACAGGCUGGAAUAACUGGGUGGCCAAAGGCGGGAAACUUGGAUUUUUUGUUUUUCCGUUUCUCUUUUGCUUCAAAUCUCGCGUUUUAUAAAUUUAAAAGAAAUUUGGCUGCUCCAAGCAAUUUUGUAACAAGAUUCCCAGUCCCUGGCUGAUACACUUUCUUUAAAAACAAAACACUUGCCUUUUCAAAUGCUGCCACAAUGU